AAUGGGAUACUGAUAUGUCCCUUAAAUAUUUAAAGGUGAAUAGUUAAUGUGAGUAUGGCUAUUUGGUUUCAGUGGGCUCCAGCCUGCUCCCGGAUGGCCAGUCAAGCGACGAUGGUCCGCUGGUUGGAAGCUUGUCGGCAUUUCUGCCGUGUCAGGUCUUUCUGGUUUCUCGUUCUCGGCUAUGUUCUCUUCACCCUCUUUGGUGGGCUGGUGUUCAUGGCCAUAGAGAUGCCCGUGGAGAAGACCCUGAGAGCCCAAGUCCAGGAACUGAAAGAGAGGUUUCUAGAAGGGCACAGAUGCGUUAAGGAGAGUCAGUUAGACGACCUGCUCCAAAAGGCGCUGUCGACUGACCAGCGUGGGGUAUCUCUCCUGGAGGCUAGCAGUGAGGACCUUCACUACGAUUUCACCUCCUCUCUGUUCUUUGUCAUUGUCACUCUGUCUACCACAGGGUACGACUUCUUCACCCCUAUCUCCGAGGAGGCCAAGCUCUUCUGUAUAUUCUACUGCACCCUGGGCAUUCCCCUCACCCUCUUCCUCCUUUCCUGCCUCUCCGACUUCCUGCUGCCCCAUCUCACCCACAGCCCUGUCCGCCACCUCCAGACCCACUGGGGGAUGCCCCACGCCCGGGCGGCGCUGCUCCACGCCGGCCUGCUGGCCCUCGCCAUAGCGACAGUGCUCUUCCUGCUUCCUGCCAUGGUCUUCUACUUCCUGGAAACGGAGUGGAGGUUCCUGGACGCGCUGUUCUUCUGCUUCCUGACUCUGAGCACCAUCGGCCAGGGCGGCUACACGCCGGGGGCAGCCUGGGAGCGGAGCUCCAGGGAGACCCUCAAGCUGCUCACCACCUGUUAUUUGAUGUUUGGCCUCCUUGUGCUUCUGGCGUUCCGGGACACGGCCCUGGAGGUGCCUCUGGUCCAGGCGGUUUUCCGGAUGUUCUCCGGCCCGAGGGAGGGAGAGCUCAGGGGGAUGGACCUGGACGAGAUGGUGCUCGGUGGUGACUGUGGACCCUCACGACGCUCCUACCAGGAGCCCCAGUAUUCUCUCCCCAUCUCGACCAUCUCCUUCUGCCCCCUGGAGCAGCAAGGAAUCCCCUCACCUGACCAGUCCAACCCUCCCCCUCUGGAGUACCCUACCUCCACCUCCGAGCCUGGGUCUAGCUCCUCUCCAGACCCAGAUACAAAGAUCUGAUAUGCUCCACCCGGACAGUGGCACUGCUAUUUUGUCUUAGAACUCCUUUGGGUUGAUUAACAUUCUUCAAUGGCUAUUGUUUUGAAGUGCAGACUCAGUCUAUUUGAUUAGAUUUCCAUUCAUACUGAGAGAACAGCUUAGAAAGUAAAGCCUUUUUGAAUGUAUUAUCCCUCAAUUAUGGUGCCAAAUGUAUGGUGGGAGCAGAUGGGAAUCUAUAUUUUAGAUGACCACAAGGUGGCAGGCUAAACAAUCUUUCUGAAUUGUCCUAUUUACUGAUGCAGUCAGUCUGAUUGUUCAAUUUUUUAACAGUCCCUUUCAUUAACAGAUCAUUGUACGGGCAUGUUUGAUAACAGGGGUGGGGUUAAGACGAGUGUGUGUUAGCGCCUGUUAUAUUGUUGUCCCUUC